AUGUUGAUGGAGGCGAAAGUGAAGGAGGAGGUCCCAGACAAGGACUACACACAGCCGACCACUACAGAGAGGAGGAAAUCCACCACAACGAGUAAAGAGCACCGGUCUCCGGAGCAGGAGGAGGCGCGGUCAUCACCAACCCCAGGACCGCCCAGCCCACUCAACAACGGCACAGCAGCGGCUUUGUCAUCAACGGAGUCCCUGUCACCGCCUCUGGCUGAGGGCUCGCGGUCCGCUCCAGCGUUGCAGCGCUUGAGGAAGUUCCUCUCAGCGCUGCAACAGUUCGCUACCGAUGUUGGUGCCGACACCGGAGAAAGAGUACGCCAACUGAUUCACAACCUUGUUUCUGGCACGGUGAACAUCGAGGAGUUCCAAGCGGGAGUACAGGAGUGCACCAACUACCCCCUGCGGGCAUCAGUACCGGGGUUCCUCAGGGCACUGCUACCCCUCGCACAGAGGGACUUACACGCGAGGGCUAGGAGGGCAAAACAGACUCCAUUGCAGUACAUCAGAUCACACGAGCAUCUGAUCCUGGAGUCAGGAGGCGAUAGCAGCGAUAUCUUUGCUCAGCAUCCAUCUGGUACCGCCGCUGAGACAGGCAUCAAACGACGAGCCAGUGACCCAUUCUACGAUCCUCCUCAAACAAACGGCUCUCACGAAGAUUACCCACCACAAGCCAAGCGCGCCGCUUCCAGUCUGUUCCUGAACCCGUCACCAUUCCUGUACCCGUUGCCUAGCAACGCCAGCCUCUUUGAUUAUGGACAUCCUUACCAUACAUAUCAUGGAAACCAGGAGGGCGGCUAUGAGAGGAGGGAUGGUGGUAUAACAGUUCGCGAUGUAAACUCAAUGAACGCGCCGUUCGCGGAGCCCCGUGGACUGGGUGCUGCGCCCUCAGGCCUUCUGAAGACAGAUGACGAGUGGAAGAACAUCAACACCAUGCUGAACUGCAUCCUCAGCAUGGUGGAGAAGACUAAGAGGGCACUCGCGAUACUGCAGCAAAGAGGUGUGGAGCCAACAGAAAGCAAUGAAAUAAAGCGCGCAGCCAGUGAAAUCAUGGCGACAGCGGUCAGGCAGACUGAGGAGAGGGUCGCAGAGGUGCGGAGACGAGCUGAGGAUGCUGUUAACCAGGUGAAACGCCAAGCGCUUCUGGAAUUGCAGCGUGCGGUGGGUGCAGCGGAGACCAAGGCUUUAGAACUGGUCGCAGCUGAGCGCGGGAAGGUUGAGCGACUUGGAGAACGAAGGCAUUCUCCACCACCUGGCAGGGAACUCAGUCCUAAUGCUAGCUCGCAGCAAAAUUGUUGCUGGAACUGCGGCCGCAAGGCUCAGGAGACAUGCUCCGGCUGCAACGCAGCGCGAUAUUGUGGUGCCUUCUGCCAACAUAAGGACUGGGAAAAUCACCAUCAGGUUUGCAGCGGCCGUGACCAGAAACCAACAGCAUUGAGGACAUCACCGCCAACGACGCAGCCAUCGCUGCCCAAGCCACUGACGCGAGCCACGACCCCCAUAGCGGCCCCGACGAGUAGCUCGGCCACCCCCCUGCCGGACAGCCGGCUCUCGCUGACGUCCCUCAACUCCGCGGAGAGACUGCUCACCACACAGGAGAGGACGGACAGGCUCACACUCGCGUCUCUCUCGUCAGCGCAGGGACUCAUCGGCAUUGGGAAGAAAUGACGCCUGAACAAGGAGCCGUUUGUAAGCAAUGUCAGGUUCCCUAGAAAAGUCAGGCGGUAGGCUGUUUAGACAGAA